CGUGGUGGUGUCGGCCAUGUCCGGUGUUCACUUCCGUAGCCACAACCUCCACCUGCAGCUCAAGCUCGUGGAGGCCAUCAAAGAAGCUGGAAAUGUCAAGGUGGCGGAGGUGGUGCGGCACGGCAAUCGGCGGCGGAUGCGAUGGAUGACCCUCACCGUCGUCUUCCAGGCGAAGCAGCUCCUACGUAUGGGCUAUUUGAUGGUCUGUUCACAGUUGAAAUCCAUCACAAGGGAUUUUUUUGUGGACCUGGUAGCGACAUGAAGUAUAUAGAUCAUGAAGUGGACUGGUUUGACUACUGUCAGAGUGAUACUUGGUCUAAUUUAUGGAUAGAUGAUUUCCUUCUCCAACUGGGCCAUGACAGAGCAAACUCCAAGAUGGAUGUGCAUUGGUGCCAACCCGGUAAAUCUUUUUGUGAUGGGCUUCACCUGAUGUCAUGUGAUGCAGAUAUAGUGCUCAUGAUUGCUGCAACAGUAGAACACAAGAACUUGGUCCUGCUGGUAGACCAUGGUGACACUCUGCAGUUACUAAACAAUGAUGAUGAUGUGUUGCUGCAUGGACUGAAUGAACCAACUAAAGUAAUAACUCAAGUUAAGUCUGGAAAGGGCAAAGAAAAUGUUUUCUGGUCUGAAAUACCAGAAAGUGCAGGAGAUAUUAGUUAUAUCAGAGCAAAGAGUUUCAUCCCAUUUGGUGAAGGCUGUAGUUCUGGUGUUGGUAAUGAAGAAUUAGAGGCUGAAUUUGACAAUUGCGAGAAUGGUGACAGUACAAGCUCUGAAGAUGAUGAUGAUUUACAUCAGAACACAGAAGAAAUUGUAACAGACGAGGACUUCUACGAGAGUGAUUAUGAAGUAGCAGAUGGUGAUGACGACCUAUUUGAUAGUAAUGUAGAUAAAGAUGUUGAUGAUCACAGAGAGAAGGAGAUUUUGCCUGAUUAUGAAGGAGAACUUCCUGAAGAUGUCCUAGAUGAUAGUCACUUGGAACUUUCAAAAGAAGAGAAAGAUAAGCUCAAGUAUAGGUUCAGCACAUUCAAUCCAUGCACUGAUCUUAAUGCUCCUGCUUUCAAAGUUGGCAUGGUAUUUGGUGACAUGAAAGAGCUCAGGCUUGCACUGGUUUCCUAUAGUGUGAGAAACAGAGUGAAGGUGAAGAAAACAAGGAAUACGACCACUAAAUUAGAAGCUAUUUGCAAGCCUGGAUGUACUUGGUAUUUGAAGGCAGGCAAAGAUAACAGGAGUAGUAGCAUUCAGAUCAAGAAAUAUCUUGAUAAUCACACAUGCACCAAAGCUUGGGACCUUAAAGCUCUCACUGCCCCAUUUCUGACUGCAAAAUUCAGAGGUGAAUUCAGAGAUAAUGAGAAAAUGCCUUUGAGGAAGUUUUCGGAAAAGGUGCAGACAGAAUAUAACAUGAUUGCUAAGAGAAGUAAGCUAGGAAGGGCAAGAAGAGCGGCAGUUAGGUCGAUCAGAGGAGAGGAUGAUGACCAGUACAAAAUGUUGUGGGAUUAUGGCCAAGAGCUUAGAAGGACUAACCCAGGAAGCAAGUUUUUCUUGUGCACAAAGGAGGUUUUUGACAACAAAACUAAAGAGACAAAAAAUCACUUUUCAACACUAUAUUGGUCAUAUGAUGCGUGUAAGAGAGGGUUCCUUAAGGCUUGUAGACCAAUAAUUUUCCUUGAUGGCUGCCACAUUAAAACUAGGUACAAAGGAAAUUUGCUUACAGCAGUUGGUGUCGAUCCCAAUGACUGCAUAUUCCCCAUUGCAUUUGGUCUUUGUGAAGUAGAAUCGACAAGUAGUUGGGAGUGGUUCUUGGCUUCAUUGAAGGAUGACCUGAACAUUUCCAACUCAUCAUCUUACACACUAAUGAGUGACAAGCAAAAGGGUUUGAUUGCUGCAGUGCAGAAAGUGUUCCCUCAUUCUGAGCACAGACAUUGUGUGAGGCACAUAUAUCAGAAUUUCCACAAAGUACAUAAGGGUGAAACAUUGAAGAAUGAUUUAUGGGCAAUAGCAAGAUCUACAAACAAAAUUUCUUACCACAAAAACAUGGAGCAAAUAAAGGAACACAGUUUAGAUGCUUACAAGUGGGUUGAGAAGUUGUCUCCAAGAACAUGGAUAAAGGCUUUCUUUAACCCUUUCUGCAAAUGUGACAUCCUCCUCAACAAUAUGUCUGAGGUGUUCAACAGCUAUAUUCUGGAUGGAAGAGAUCUGCCAAUAAAGUCCAUGUUAGAUUAUGUUUUCCAUAAACUAGCAAACAGGAUAGUUGGCAAACAAAGGGAAUCUGAGAAGUGGACUGGCCGGCUGUGCCCCAAAAUUCAGAAGAAACUAGACAAAUAUAUAGAAUGGGCAAAGAACUGCAUGGUUACUGAGUAUGGGAAAGGUGUUUUCCAGGUUUUGUCUCUAAAUAAUACAUAUGUUGUGGAUUUGAACAUGAACAGUUGUGGCUGCAACAGAUGGGAACUCUCAACCAUCCCAUGCCAUCAUGCCAUUGCAUGUUUCAGACAUGAAAGGAUUGAGCCAGAGAGCAUGGUGCAUGACUGUUAUAGUGUUGAGAACUACAAGAGUUGCUAUGGCUGGAACCUUAUGCCUAUGAGGGACAUGAAGCAUUGGGAGAAAAUGAAUGCAAUAGAUGUGUAUCCACCUAUUUACACAAAAGUCAUGGGAAGGCCAAAGAAAAGUAGGAAGAAAGAGCCAGAAGAGAAAAAGGGUAAGGAUGGUAUGAAGAAAGUAACAAAACAUGGUGUCACUAUGCAUUGUUCUAUAUGUGGAGCUGCUGAUCACAAUAAAAAAGGUCACCACAACCAUGUAAAUGAUGAACCAAAACCAAGAGGAGCAGAGGAAUCAGAAGAAGAGUAUGAUGACCCAAGCAUCAUUGCUAACAUUAUGCCACAUAGAGUAAAUCCCAUGCUGGAUCCAACACAAAGUAAAGAUUCCAUGGUGUUCAUGAUGCAGGAAAGGGAGAGGUUUAGGUCACCAACAAUUAGAGAUUAUGGUCCACUACCUGAAUCAAGCUUUAUUGCUAAUGCUAGGGACUCAAUCCCAGUAGGUACAGUGACUACAGCAAUGACAAGUGGAAGGGUGAGAAGAGCAGAAGGUGUUGCAGCUGAAUCUGAGCAAGGAGCUGCACCAAGACCCAGGAAGAAGCAGGCAAGAGGAGGGUCAAUUGCUGCAAGGGGAGGGAGAACACCUGCUGCAAGAGGAGGGGCAAAUGGUGCAAGGGGAGGGUGAGCACCUGCUGCAAGAGGAGGGGCAAAUGUUACAAGGGGAGGGAGAACACCUGCUGCAAGGGGAGGGAGAACAACUGCUUCAAGGGGUGCAAGAGGAGGGGCAAAUGCUGGAAGGGGAGGGAGAACACCUGAUGCAACAGGAGAUAGCACAAGUGCUCCAAGAGGAGCUAGAGCUACUGCCCCUGGCUCCUACAACCUUCUCUUUGGAAAUGAUGGAGCAAGUGCACACCAAGCCCCACACUUCAUGCAAGCAGAAGAGGAGGUUCUUGUUAGCCAGAAUGCACCAAAUGGUCUCUAUGAUGAAGGAUGGCCUGAUGACCUUCAUGAUUUCCUCUCACUGUUAUAGCCAUUUUUCCAUCUCACCUAGUUUCAGUUCAUGAAUGAACUUCAAAUGCAUCUUAGUUGAGUUCAUGAAUGAACUACUCCUUUUGUUCGGGUUAAGAGACAAAGAUACCAAACAAACCCUUUAUGUUUUGCUCUCGUUUCAGAUGUACUGGAUUUGGUCAAGUUCUGUUUGAAAUACUGCUAUUCAUGUUAUCA